CCCAUCACAAGCUUACGGCGGCGUGGCGUACCUGGCACCUGCAGCGAGCUUCGCUUCCUACGCGAGAGGCGGCGUCCGAUGUCGCCUUCUGCGUAUACUUAGAGAUCUCCAUAAAAGCAGCAGCCCAUGCCCGCUCGCUGCCCAUCGACGUUCUGUCCUGGGCACAACGACGCCCGACCAUCCCCUCCUCGACCCCCGCCUUCGAGUUUCUCCUUCGAGCAUCCCCUCAGCUCCCGAUGAGUCUCAGCGACCAGGUGCGCCCCGGCCGCCCGGGUUCGAUCCGCGAAGAAGACGUGAAGCUCGAAGACGGUCCUGCCGUGCGGGAGUCCGCACUCUCCGAAGGCACCUUCCACCAGUCCCAGGUCGGGGGCAAGGCCGUCCGCAAGCACUUCUUCUCCCCGCCUGACGCGACGCUCGCCGAUGCGGUCAAUCGUGACGCCGAUAACGUCGACUUCACAGAUGCUGAGGAGAAAGCCGUGAGGCGCAAGAUCGAUCUGAGGGUGCUCACACUCGUCGUCAGCAGUUACAUCUUCAACCAAUUCGAUCGCACGAACAUUGGGAAUGCACAUGUAAUCAAAGCCUUCAACGACAACUUCGGCAUCACGAAUAACAAUAAAUGGACACUGGCGCUGAGUAUCUUUUACGUCGGAUACUGUCAGGAUUGCACGCCUUGCAGCAACGCAAUUGGUGCUGACGUGCUUCCCAUAGGUCUCCUUGAGAUGCCGGCAAAUGUCCUCCAAAGGUACAUAGGCGCGAACCGAUUCUUCUUCCUCUCCUUGACGUGGUGGGGCCUUGCCUCCCUUUCGUUCGUCUACGCGAAAGGUUAUGGGGGUCUACUUGCGCUGCGGGUGUUGUUGGGCAUCGGCGAAGCGGGCUAUUACGCAGGCAUGAUUUACUACCUGUCAUUCUGGUACAAGAGAUCGGAGCUGGCCUUGCGUAUCAGUCUAUGCAUGACUGGAACCCUACCCGGAGCCAUUGGUGGUCUGCUCGCUUUCGGGCUUGUGCGAAUCCAGACGAAGGUGUUGGUUGGAUGGCAGUUCCUCUUCCUCGUCGAGGCCAUUCCCACUAUAUUCAUGGCGCUCGUCACCUUACUCUUCCUCCCCUCCUUCCCGUUCUCGUCAUCGUUCUUGACGCCCCGUGAGAAGGCCAUCGCUCAAGCCCGCCUUAACCGUGACCACCGCCCCCAAUCGCAUGGUGGCAUGACAGGCUGGGAAGGGUUCAAGGCGAUAGUGAAUGAUAUCCACGCUUGGUUGCUCAUGAUCGUGUAUGCCAGCUUCAACGUCGGCGUCGCCACGAUCUCCUACUUCUUGCCCACGCUCAUCAGAGAACUCGGCUUUUCCCCGCUCGCCUCGCAAGGCCUCACCGUUGCUCCCUAUGCCGUGGGCUGGCUCAUGGUCUUCUUCCAGGCCUGGCACUCGGACAAGACGCGCGACCGCGGCUACCACAUCAUGCUCUCCACCGCCGUCUCGUGCAUAGGCUACAUCGUCCUCGCCGCGCUCGCGACGAAGGGCAGCGGCUCGAACAUGAUCGGCGGACGCUACUUCGCGCUGUUCCUCGUCGUGGGCGGGAACUACAGUCUGUUCCCCUUGGUCAUGAGCUGGGCCGCGAACGUGUUCUCGCCGACGUCGAAACGCGGCGUCGGAACGGCGUUUAUCGUCUCGAUCUCGAACUGCGUGUCCAUUGCGUCCCCACAGGUCUACUUCGACGCAGACGACAAUUACCAGAAAGGGCACGCCAUCGCCGCUGGAUGUUUGUUUGCGUCGUUCCUUGCUGCAUUCGCGCUCCGCACGCGCCUUGCACACAUGAAUAAGAAGAAUGCUGACAAGCGACUGGCGAUCGCUGCGGAAGGAGCGAGCGAGAAGGAGGCUGCUGGUGUGGAGAGGAUCGAGGAGAUAUACGACAACGACCCGCGCUACGUCUUCAUGACGUGAAGUGGGCCUACGUACGCAUGAAAUGGAUGAUAUGUAGCUGAUGUACCAUCACAUGACCUUCGGGGCUGUAGUUUUUUGCGAGAUGUACGUGUUGUUUCUGUCUGUUUUCGCCUCAGCACUAGUAGUGAUGUAACAUGGUUUCUACGGUGCAGACCCAUUUG